UAGAAGAUCAGAUACAUUUGUUACUACAAUUCUAUAUUUCUCUUAUAUUAGAAUCACUAUCCAGUUCCUCUCGAUUUCCCAUUUUUCAUAGUUUCCCUACACACAAAAAAAUAAAAAAUACUUUAAACAAUGUUCCAUUGACUUUUUUAUUUCCUUCCUAACAAGAACCUGUAAUCUAUAAAUCAAUAGUUGGUCAGACCCCGGUAUAUAGGCGAGCGGAGCGACCAAUCAGAGCGCUGCCAGCAGGACGCUGCUCCAGACACAGAACUCCAGCCGCACAUGCCAGGAAUCCGCAGACUCCACAAUGGACGGGGAGAUGAAUUAAAAGUGAGGGCUGGGAUGUGAGAGCGGCAGUGCAGGCUGAGCAGUCACAUGCGAGACACUCCGGAGAAAGUGGCGUUGGCAGGCGCGGAGCGGUGGGGUACCAGGCUGCCAGUGACAGGCGCGGAGGUGUGCCUAGACACUAAUGUAGCGCUGAGAGCUGGAUACUAGGUGCAGUGCUGUCAUCCAGCUGCUUACAUGGGGAUGCCUGCGAUGAGAUGAGCCUGGGAGCAGCACACGAGCCGGAAUACGACUACGACACAACUGCUUCCCAUACAACAAUGCAUAUAUUUACUUAACUAUAUCCCCUCCGGCCGCAAUACCUGGCAAAGUUGGCAAAACCUGCACUACGUCUUCUUGGGGCGCACGGUAUAUUUUACAAUCCGAAGCGGGGAGAACACGAUGUCUUUAAGUUCUGCAUGGGACCUGGAAAGAGGAAUAAAUUAUCGCGGGGUCACAGUCUGAGUUAACGGACGCCCACGAUACAUUCCCAGUCUACUCAAUGUGGCUUCUGGUGAAAACUAAAGGACACAAGCUCAUGAAAUAGUCUCCGAGACCCCUGAAAGCCCAAGAUGGAACUACAGCUCUUCUCUCUGCUCCUGCUCAAGGGUCUCCUCCAUCUGAUUUUGUGUGAUAAAGAAAUACCCCGAACCACAAAGGCAUUAAAGUGGGAAGACAAGGACCCCUCUGACAACUUUGUGAGCAGCGUGGCCCACUCCCGCCUUCCUCUCCGUCUCUUUGUCAAGCAGUCGGCUCUCCAAAGACAAGCCCAACUCUCUUAUUUUGACACCACGGAACACUUCUGGAACUGGCUGUCCAACGUCACCCACACCCAAGAGUCUUUGGUACGAACUAAACGUCGGCCCAUAGUAAAAACGGGUAAAUUCAAAAAGAUGUUUGGCUGGGGGGAUUUCCAUUCCAACAUUAAAACCGUCAAGCUGAACCUCCUCAUCACGGGGAAAAUUGUGGAUCACGGAAACGGGACGUUCAGCGUUUACUUUCGCCAUAACUCGACGGGACUCGGGAAUGUUUCGGUGAGUCUCGUCCCUCCUUCCAAGGUUGUGGAGUUUGAAACCUCCGCCCAGUCGACUUUGGAGAAUAAGGAUUCCAAGUCCUUCAAUUGUAGGAUUGAGUACGAGAAAACGGAUCGGGCAAAGAAAACUGCUUUGUGCAACUUUGACCCCUCUAAGAUCUGUUACCAAGAACAAACCCAGAGCCACGUCUCCUGGUUGUGCUCAAAGCCCUUCAAGGUCAUUUGCAUUUACAUUGCUUUUUUCAGCAUAGACUAUAAACUGGUGCAAAAAGUUUGCCCUGAUUACAAUUACCACAGCGAGAUGCCAUAUUUGUCCUCCGGAUGAGACGCCACUUUCCUUUUGAACUGCAGUGCCCGAUGAAUGAUGGUUCAGGGAAACUCUCUUAUAGCGAAGAUAUUUUGUGCUUCUUGAAUUGGCAAUGUUUCUUUAUCAGGUGGACGAAAAAAGACAAAAAAAAAAAUUAUAAUAAUAAUUAUCGUAACAGUGUUUAGAAUCGCAUAAUAUAUUUCGGUUAAAUAAUGUCGAAUUGUUUCUGUAAUUUUUAAGACACAUAGGGAAUAAAUCCUGCAAAGGGAGCACAUAACAGCAUUAUCGGUAUUGUGAGGAUUCUGUAUACUAUACAUGUGACCUAGGGGAUAUGUGUGAUGGUGCCCUUAAAGGAACACUCUACUUAAAGUUUACAGCCUGUAAAGGUGCAGAAGGAUAUGGUACGUAAGUAGUCUGGAGGUUCUCAGAAGUUCUCCAUGGGGUGCAGGGAUUUUUCCAAAAAAUAAUGUAACUGUUCCCCCCCCUGAAAUGGCUUCUUACAUGAGACGAUAAACUACACACAAAUGUACAGCAAAUAAAGAUAAAACAAAACUUUAAGUGGAGUGGCCCUUUAAGGCAGCAGAUUGGUACUGUUGAUAACAAUGAACCUGAAAUGUCCUGAUAAAUUUGCAUAUGUUCAAUAUAAAUAACAGCUCAAGUUUGAAAAUAAUGUUUAUGGGUUUUUGUUUUGUUUUUGUUUUGUAUUUUGUUUUUUGUUUUUUAUUCUUUGUGUUUUUGGAAUAGACUUAGAGACAGAUUUACUAACAGAGUAGCAUUAUGCAUGGAUCCAUAGCAGCCGAUCAAUAACUAACUCUGAUCAAGUUCAGUAUUGAAUUUUGCAGUGCACCCUGGGGGCAUCAGACUUACAAACCAUUAUAUGAUUUUAUUCAUUAAAUUUGAGCUUAAUAUACACCCGUCUACCAAGCCACGGAUCAUUAUUUUUUCUUUCGGAAAUAUGUAGUGUCUAUGAAUGGGACUGUUUGAGUUAUUUACUACCAUGAGGUAUAGAUAGAGUUGAGUGAAUCUAAAGUAAGAAUUGUUAAACUGAAAUCUAAUGAAUCGGCAGUCCAUUAAUGUAUUCUUGUAAGGUUAUGUUCACACAC